UGACAGGACUUGGAAGGAUGCAGAGAGCGAGGGGACCUUAGGUUGAUGUGGUAACAAGCUACUUAUGAGGAGUGUCUGCUAUCUCAGCAGGGGACAAUGUCACAAUGCCACAGCAGCACUCGGAGCUUCAGGCCUAUUCAGUACCGCUCAUUCAGCCAGACCUGCGCAGGGAGGAGGCAAUUCAUCAAAUUACAGACACCCUGCAACAUUUGCAGAGUGUAGCUAACGACAUAUUUGACAGAGUCCUGCAGCGGGUAGAAACAAACCGAGCUCAGCUUCAGGGGAUCAAUAACCGGCUGACCUUAGCACAGGCUAAAAUAGAGCGGAUUAAAGGCAGCAAGAAAGCAAUAAAGGUCUUCUCCAGUGCUAAAUAUCCUGCUCCUGAGAAACUUCACGACUACUGUUCCAUCUUUGCUGGUGCACAAAACUUAUGGUCAGAAAAGAAAACGCGGCACAAAAUUCAAAGCAAACACCGCACACUGGAUGAGCAGGCUCUGUUUGAGAAGCUAAAAUAUUUUCCAGUGUGCGUGAAUUCAAAAGGGCACGAUGAAGGGUGUGCAGAGGAAGGGCUGGGUAGCCUCCCCCGAAACAUCAAUUCUGUUAGCUCUUUGUUGCUUUUCAACACAACAGAAAAUCUUUAUAGAAAAUAUGUUUUUCUGGACCCAUUAGCUGGGGUUGUGACACGCACAAACGCUGCAUUUGAGGGAGAUGAGGAGGAGAAACCCUUUGAUGCUCCCCUCUCCAUCACCAAGAGGGAGCAGUUGGAGAGACAGACAGCAGAAAACUACUUCUAUGUGCCAGAUCUUGGACAAGUCCCUGAGAUAGAUGUCCCCUACUCCCUACCAGACCUCCCAGGGGUGGCUGAUGACCUCAUGUACAGUGCUGAUCUGGGACCAGGGAUUGCUCCUUCAGCCCUAGCUGCUGUUAUUCCAGAACUUCCAACAUUCAGCAUCGAGGAGAAUGCAGACAUCUCUAGGAUAGAUUUUCAGGAUGGUAAACAGAUACCACCACCAGGGUGCUUAGAAGGAAGUUGUUUAGGUGGGGAGUUAUAA